AUGUCUGAAGAACUGAAAAAAGGUGAUGAAGUAUCAUGGAAUUGGGGAUCUGGCCAACCAUCUGGAAAAGUGGCUGAUAUAGUAGAAGGUAAAGCAGAAGUGAAAUCAAAGAAAGGGAAUGUCAUCUCCAAGAAUGGUACAGAGGAAGAUCCUGCUGUGGUCAUCACUCGAAGCGGAAACGACGUGGUUAAGCGAGCUCAUGAGUUGAAUGAAGUUGAGAAUUAA